AUGAGUCUCAAGCUCUUUCUACUCUUAGCUCUCUUCGCCACCUCCUGCCUAGCACAAUCCCCGGCGCCGGCGCCCAAAGUCUCUCCUUCCGCCGCGCCGACGCCGGUGCCUACGACGGCGCCGCCUACUCCGACCCCAACUCCUUCCACUACUUCUCCUUCCCCAGCACCGGUCACCGCACCGACCCCGUCAGUUGCUCCUACCCCUGACGCCUCAUCUCCCGGUCCGUCCAUCUCCUCGCCGCCGGCGCCGGUCCCCAGCGGCGCCGCACCUUCUGCUGAUCAGCCCUCCGCCGAGUCUCCCCCGCCGCCAAAUGCUGCUUCCAGGGUCGCCAUGGGAGGCGCCGCACUCGCUGGCGUUGUCCUCGCGGCUGCCCUGAUGUAG